AUGUGUAAACGGUGUGAGCAUAAGGUCAUCCUUGCCUUUAUAAAGCCACAAGUACUUCACAACUGUCAGGCACAGAGAUUCACAUCACCUGUAGAUCUCACUUCGCUCUCUUCACUAGUCGUUUGGGCUCAGACUAUCAAUCAGGAUGAAGUUUGCUAUGAUCUUUCUGGUGCUGACGCUGGUCAUCCUCAUGGCUGAACCCGGGGAGUGUCGUUUUAGACGUAUGAAAGCCAUGUGGAAAGGUGCCAAACAAGCAUGGAAAGAUUACAAAUACAACCGUAACAUGCAGAAGAUGGAUCAAGGGUAUGGACAACAAGGAGGCAACCCCAACCCACCACAAGAACAAAGUGUUGAAGAACCUCCACCUUAUAAGCGCUGAAUUUAUACAAAAACACAGUUUUAAGCUAUAUGGUGAGGGGUAAAUGCAUUGCCCUUUAGAUUCUGUAUUUUGGUGCUUCGCGAAGCGAAAAACAAAUUGAUAAGCAAACCAGUAAUCUCAGAUAAUAUCAGGUUGAUGAAACAAAGAUGUAAUUGGUUUUGAAAAAUGUGACCAUGCUCGCUAUUGCAAACUGUCCUGAUGAAUAAAACUGCAAAAUAAAAAGUCAAACUGUG